GACUCAUCUCGUUACGGCUCCACGGCGAUCGAUUUGCCUCGGCCAGCGCGCGCGGAGAGGCUCGGAAGAGGUACAGGACCCAGCGGGCGAGGAGGAGCGCGCGCGCAGAAACUUUUCCAACCCAGAACUCCAAACGCGGGCCCGAGUCCCAGACGCCGUCUUCGACGGCAGCGGUGGGUGCGCCCCCAGCAGGCCAGCAGCACGAAGCAGCGGAGGACCACCAGGCUCCGGCGGACGGACGGCCUACGGAACGGCGGCGGGAGGAGGAGGGUCUGGAGUCUGGUCUGGACCAACCCCCGCCCGCCCGCCACAGCUCCCGAUGCUGAGGCAGCUGGUCCGAUCGGGCAAGCUCGCCGACGCGAGGAGCCUAUUCGACGCGAUGCCGCACCGCGACGAGGUCGCCUACGCCACGCUCCUCGCGGGCUACGCAGCCGCCGCCGACUUCCCCGCCGCGAUGGCGCUCUUCUACCGUCUCCGCGCCUCCUCCCCGCCCCACGCGGCCGCGGAUCCGUUCGUCCUCAGCCCCGUCUUCAAGGCGUGCGCUUCCGCGGCCGCAGGGGCCGGCGCCGGGAUCCUCCGGCACGGCGCGGCGCUGCACGCGUUCGCCGUCCGCUCCUCGGCCGUGUCUUCCGUGUUCGUCUCCACGGCGCUCGCGGACGCGUACGCCAAGGCCGGCCGCCUCGAGCUGGCGCUCAAGGUGUUCGACGAAAUGCCGUCCAAGAACGUGGUCUCGUGGACCACGCUCGUCGCCUCGCUGGCGCGGGCCGGCCGGCGUCACGACGCGCUCCGCCGCUUCGCCGAGAUGCGGGCCUCCGGCGUGGCCUGCGACUCCCACGCCUACGCGGCCGCGCUCACGGCGUCCGCGGACGCAGGGCUGCUGCCGCGCGGGCGCGAGGUGCACGCGCUCUGCGCCAAGCUCGGCCUCGACGCCACGCCCUACGUCGCCAACACGCUCGCUACGCUGUACGCGCGAUUUGGCGACGUGGACCGCGCGCGAGCCGCGGUCAGCCGCAUGAGCUCGCGCGAUGUUGCCGCGUGCACGACACUGAUUGCAUCCUACGUCCACACCGGCCGUACAGAGGAAGCCAUCGAAGCGUUUGUCAGAAUGCUUCACGACGAGUCAUCGAAUCCUGCAUCACCCAAUGAGUAUACUUUCUCUGCCGUAAUUGCUGCUUGUGCAAAUACUGAACGUGUCUAUCUCGGUGAGCAGAUACAUGCACAAGCUGCACGGAGAGGGUUGUCUCAUGCCCGCUCCGUGGCGAACUCCCUUGUCAAACUCUACACGCGCUGUGGCCGUCUUUUAGCUGCUGCUGAUGUGUUUCGGGAGAGUAUUGUCAAGGAUGUUGUCUCUUGGAGCGCAAUUAUAUCAGGAUAUGCACAGGAAGGCUACAUCGAGGAGGCUUUUGGUUUGUUCUCUGAAAUGAGGCAUCGUAGCAGUUGCCCUCGGCCAAAUGAGUUUACUCUUGCCAGCCUCUUAAGUGUGUGUGCAAGUGCUUCCGCCAUGGAUACUGGACGCCAGCUGCACGCACUUGCUGUGUCUGCUGGGCUUGAACACCAUGCGAUGGUCAGGAGUGCGCUCAUUGACAUGUAUGGAAAGAGUGGUAGCAUGUCAGAUGCUGAUGUCGUAUUUUCCAAUCGUACUAACGAUGAUGUGAUCUCAUGGACUGCUAUGAUUGUUGGGAAAGCUGAGCAUGGUAACAGCAGAGAGGCGCUUGAACUGUUUGAGGCAAUGUGCCGUGUGGGGCUAAAACCGGACCAUGUUACGUUCAUUGGUGUACUCACUGCUUGCUCUCACGCGGGGGAAGUUGAGCUCGGGUUGAGAUACCUCAAAGCAAUGAGCAAAAAGUAUGGAGUGGAGCCUUCAAAGGAGCACUAUGGUUGUGUUGUUGAUUUGUUGGGUAGAGCUGGUAGAGUACAUGAGGCUGAGGAGUUGAUUGGAAGAGUUGCUGCUGAUGAAAGAGAUGGUGUGGUUUGGACAUCUUUGCUUAGGGCAUGUGCAGCUCGAGGGGCAGAGGAAACUGGAAAGAGAGCUGCCGAGAGGGUGAUGGAGGCAGAGCCAUGGGGUUCAGGAGCACAUGUGGCAAUGGCGAACCUCUAUGCCAGCAAAGGGCAGUGGCGUGAGGCAGCCCGGGAACGCCAUUUGAUGAAGCAGAAAGGUGUUGUAAAAGGGGCAGGGUGGUCAUCUGUCGAAGUUGGAGGGGAAGACAGAAGGAUCGGAGUGUUUGUUUCAGGAGACCGGACAAAUCCCCAAGACAAUGCCAUCAUUGCAAUGCUUGACUUGAUAUACUACGGAGCUGGAAUGGUUUGCCAUAUCCCUGAUCAGUUGGAUUUAGGACUAGAAGUGGAGCUAACAGUUAACUACUAAUCCCGAAAGGAUCACUUACUGCAAGGGAGAAGUUUACAGCGGUCCUUGCUAAUUGCCCUGGCGAAACAUCCACUACAGGACAACAUAAGGUCUGGUCAUCUCAUCUCACUUAUUUUGUGCUUCUGCUUUCUGGGAAAUCUGAAUAGUAAUGUUGCACUGAUCUGGAUACAGACCUUGAUAUGGUGGAUGCAACAUCCAACAUUUAGUCUUCAGAUAUUUAGGGUGCACUGAAUUCCAGUCAAAUCAAGUAUUCUGAAAAAAAAAGGAAUUCUAUUCCAAUCAAAUAAAGCAGCUGCGGCAGGCUACAUGCUAAGUCAUGCCAAGUUGAUUUCUGCAUUGGACUUGUAUUGCAGAAGCUCAAUUCUUUAGUUUAUGAAACUGAUUUAACCUUGGUGCGUUGCCAAGUGGCAGCGCAGCAUGAAUGUGACUAGCUGCCUGGUGAUCUCUUUUACAGAAAAGAAGCAUGGGGAUUUUUUAGGCCAUAUCCAUUUUUCUUGUGAAGGAAGCCAAGUCACCAUAUGGAAGGAAAUUCACUCUCCACGACAACAUUUCCGUGUUCCAUGCUGCACUGCUCUGUAGUUUGUACACCUUUUUAUUCCUUUUUGAUAGAAAAGGUAGUAAAUUGUUUCUUGACUAACUUGUUUAUUCAUUGGUAAAUGUUAUUGUAAAGGCUGAUAAUGUCAAUCUCUCAA